GGAUCAGAGCCAGCUUCAUCGAUCACAACUGCAUUUCAUCGAUCGAGUUACCUAUCGAUUUUCUGCUCCACCACCACAUUACACAAUCAAUGGCUUCCAACAACAACGCCGUCGCCGCCGAGGUGAGCACCGCCGUUGCCAAGCUCAACGACCACCUCGCCGCCGCCCUCACCGGCGCCAACGACGAUGCCGCCACCAACACCAUCAUCACGCUGGCGGGGGAGAACAGCGGCGCCACCAUGGACGCCUCCGCCGCCGCGGGCGACGUGGAGGACCUCGUCGUUGUCGGCAACGCGGACGCCGAUGAGGACAACGACAACCAGGAAGGAGAGCAGGAGGAGGACGUGGUGAUCAGCGCCUACACCAACAGCAACUAUCAGGCCGUCAACAACUCGGUGCUCGUCUCCGGCAGCUGCGCCGUCAACGACCCCGGCGUCCACGUCGUCGUCGUCGAGCACGUCGACGAGAUUCGCGACUACGACGACGACCUCGACGCCCAAGAGUUCUAAGCCCCAGCUGCUAGCUAGCAGCUAGAGGUGGUCAUUGCAAAUGGCUUGGUCGUUUGAUGAGCAAACUAACAGUGAUUUCUUCAGCAUCAGUACUACGUAAAUGAUGUUCUAAAAGUCGAUGAUGAGGUGAUCCAUGGGAGUUACGUACAUCACAUAUAUUGUAUCCAUGCAUGGCAUAUAUCUAUAUAUUCUGAGUUCGUUUAUUUUAUUUAA